AUGCACAAUCUCACCAGCUCUGGGAAGCUAUGCAGUGUUGGGCCUGGUCUCACUGAGGAUACAGUAAUAUCUGGGGGAUCCUGCACCCCUAUUUCUUCCCCGGAUGGUAUGACUGACGAUUACAGUGUUAUAGAUAGACAGACUGCAAAACUCUCAGCAGCAGAUGAACGAAACAUGAACAGCUGUCUGGAGAAUGUUACUGAGAACCCAGCUUCAUGUGAAGAAGGAAAUAUCACCAACAUUUAUACACCACCGUAUCAUACACAGUAUACAUCUACUGAUAUCAAGGAAGAAUCAUCCUCAUGUGACGGAGGAAACCUAAAAGACACUGACAUGUAUCCAUUCUCCUGCUCAGUCUGCAAGAAGAGAUUUAACUGGAAGUCGACUCUGGUCACACACGAGAUGAGCCACACAGGAGAGAAGCCGUAUCAUUGUUCCGAAUGUGGUAAGUCAUUUAAUUGUAAUUCCACGCUGGUUAUACAUCAGAGAACUCACACCGGGAAGAAGCCCUACCCGUGCUCGGAAUGCAGCAAGUGCUUUGUCACUAAGUCAAUGCUUGUUGUGCAUCAGAGGAUACACACUGAAGAGAAACCCUACUCUUGUUCUGAGUGUGGGAAAUGUUUUACCAGUAGCGCGCACCUCAUCAGGCACCGCAGGAUACACACGGGGGAGAAGCACUACUCCUGCCCCCAGUGCGGCAAAUGGUUCAUCACAAAAUCCAAUCUUAAGACGCACCAGAGAAUUCACACCGGGGAAAAGUUCUAUUCCUGCCCCGUCUGUGAGAAGUGCUUCAAGGAGAAGGCAGCUCUCACUAGGCACCAGAUGGUUCACACAGGAGAAAAGCCGUACUCCUGCUCUGAGUGCGGGAAAUGCUUUGCCGCCAAAGCCACACUCUGGUGCGUCAUGCACCAGAGAUACCACUCGGGGGAAAAGUCAUUCUCAUGCUCAACAUGUGGGAAAUGUUUUACUGAUAAGUCGGGGCUCAUCAGGCACGAGAGGGUCCACACGGGAGAAAAGCCAUACGCUUGCGCUGAAUGUGGGAAAUGUUUUUCCACUUCGACACACCUGAUAACGCACCAGAGGAUACACACUGGGGAAAAGGCAUUUUCCUGCUCAUUGUGUGGGAAAUCUUUUAAUGAUCAGUCAGGGCUCAGCAGACACCACAGGGUCCACACUUUACCGUACUGUUGCUUCCAGUGUGACAGACGUUUCCUCAGUCACGCCAGUCUUGUUAACCAUCAGCAAAUUCACGUUGGAGCGAAUGCAGGAAAUAAAGACAAUGCCAUCUUACAUUGAGAAAAAUCAUUAAUUUGGCUGAAUCAAUACCAGACUGGCAAUUUUCUAGUUACCG